AUGGACGCGGAGGAGUACGGCGAAGGAGAGGUGCUCACCGGGGCGGAGCUUUACCUCUACCUGCUGCGCCAAAACGAAGAGCAGCUACUGCGAGCGCAGGAGAAGCUACGCGAGUACGCCACCCUCAAGGACACCCUUCACGUCCUGACGGAGCGCAGUCGCAGACGCGUGCUGGCCCCUGUCGCUGGUGGCCUCGCCUACUAUGCUGCGGAGCUGAACGCGACGAACACCAUCUUGGUAUUACUGGGGGACGGCUGGUUCGCGGAGCGCAGUGCCACUCAGGCCGCAGAGAUUGCUGGCCGGCGCGUUGACUUCCUGCGUCGGGAGACUGAAGUCCUGCAGCAGGAGCAGAACACUCUCAGGGCGAAGCAGCAGCUAUUCAUGUCGGAGCUGCCCGAGGCACAAGAGGCCGUGACGGAGUUGCUGGCGGCGAGGGAGACUGGAGUGCCGGCAUCCCGGACACCGCAGCCGUCAUCGCAAGAAGCCGCGUCUUCCUCGGGGUCUGUCAUCCCGGCAAACGCACCUGACUGCUCCGGCACACCCGACGCGGUGCGUGCGGCUGCGUUUCCCCACCUCGCUUCAUCCGGAAGCUGCCCAGACCUGUUCCCAUCGUCGACACCACCAACCUCGAGAGCACCACCCUCAUCCUCUGGGGUGCCGCUGGACUUCUCUUCCAUCGACGUGGCGCUCACCACCUUCGAUGAGCAGGACGAGCUCACAGAAGACGAGCUCAUCGCGCUGGAGGCGGAGCUGGGUGACCGUGUCAACGACGACGACUUUGUGGAGCGUGUCAUGACGGAGCGCAUGAUUGCCAAGAAGGAGAGGCGCAUCCGCGCAGAGCUGGAACGGCGAAGCGGCGGUGCUGCUGCGAUCGAGAACAGAUCAAAGGCCGCAGAGGGCGUACUCGUGCCCGCCUUACCCCCCACCUCCUCUUCGGCAGCGGUGCCAACGGUCACUGCUGCCCCCCAGUCACAUGGUACUGCGUUUGCCGCACUGGCGACUGCAGUAGACAACAACGGAUCGUCGGCUGGCAGGCGAGAGGCAGUGAUCUAUCGAACCCCCGGCGACAUAGGUGGGACGGCGGUGAGAUCUCUGGCGGCACCCAGUGCGCCCACCGACGCGCUUCCAGAGGCGCAAGCGGCGGCUUCCUUUUCGCUUAACGAGCUCGCGAGCGAGCCUGCACCGACAUCGUCGCUUUCAACGGCUACUCUAACCUCUGCGCGGCCCCUCGCCAGGGUGGCGCUGUCCGAGGCGGAUGUCUCGUCUGCCGCCUCCUCCUCGGCUUCGGCCGCGAAGCCGUCUGGCCGGAAAGAGCAGCACGUGCGAUUUGCUGCCGACGUAAAGGAUACAAGUAGCUCGUCCUCGGGGACUGCUGUGGCUGAGGCCAGGCGGUCCCAAGUGAUGAACUCCCCUGGUGAACUGGGCUUGUGCGAUCAGCGUAUUAGUGCCGAAACAGCCCCGGCGUACACCCCAUCGCUGCUACGGAGCACCUACACCAUUGGUGAUAUUGUGGAGCGCAACGAGGGGACGGCGAAUGGUGGUGGCAGUGGUGCUGUUGCUGGUGCUGCAGUGGUGGGUAGUGGCGUCGCAUCGGCUAUGCCACCGCCGCCCCUCUUCCCUGGCCAGCGGCAGAAGCGAAAGCGCAAAUCGCUCUUCAUGCGAGAGCUGGAGGGCGACGGAGCGUGA